GCGCCAUCUUGUCUUGUCCUAGUACACUUUGUAUUGUUCGAGGCUGACAGUGAAGGAGCUCGAGUCUCCGAGGCGGCGUUGAGUGGGGGCGCUACUAACUCCCGUUUUCUCGGCAUCUCUAGAGGGAAGUGCGCCGGCGGGAGCAGAAGCGUCUGCACCUGGCAGGCCUCCUUAGGCGCCGGGUUGCACGCACCACCCCGUGCGUGUCUCGCCUCGGAUUCGCCCAGGCCUCGGUGCGUGGGUGAGCCGGCAACUGCCAGGCCUGCAACAGUGAAGCAGAGGAGGAGGUGGGGGAGGCGAGCCCACGCCGGGGAAGCGCAGCCCCUGAAUCACCCCUUGGGUCCAGCCCUUCAGUUCUCCCCUUCCCCGCAGGGCGCUCCACGUGCUGGGCAGAGACUUCCGCGAGGCCGAAUGGGCCCUACAGUUCUGCUUGGGAAAGGGCACCUUGGACUGCCUGGUGGGAGCAUUGUGCUUCGUUACCCAGCGCUGGGACGCCAACCCAGAGCGCCCACCUGUGCGCCAUCCCGCCGUGGAGCAGCCCUUUGGUGGCCCCUGCUCCACAGAAUGCAAGCCCCCAGUGGAGGUCAGGGUGGGCUAGGAGCAUCCCAGGUGGAGCGAGGGUUUAAUCGGGCUUUUCUGCAGGCCCUGACCCCAGUUGACAGGAUAGGAUAUUAUUGCUCAGGAGCCACUGGUGCUGCCUUUGGAAAUGAAAUUACACAGCCUCCCCCACAUCGUUUUGGCUGUCUGCUGCAUUUGAAAUCGUACGGGUCAGGAAAAGGCUGGGAGGAUGGGUGGCUCUACCAGCUUGCCAGGGAUGGGGAACGGGAGCAGCCAGUGGCCCCAAGAGGAGGAAGGAAGGGAGGCACGGCAGACCCAACACCAGCUGUGCAGGCUUUGGGGGGUGAACCCAUGAGAUUUGCAUCCCUCAGCAGCUAGUUCCGAUUCCCUGAGACCCAACCAUGGAAGGCACAGAAAGGCAUGUGACAAGAAACUCAUGGCUUUUAAUCCUGGCAGGACAAGGAAAACCCAAGUCAAAGAUUUGCAUAAGUUUUGCUGGUCUCCUGCUGCGGGGGCAGUUUGUCACGUUUACUAAAAUUCACUCCCUCCUUC